AUGUCGUCAUCGCUGCGCCAUUCCACGCGGUUCGCCGUGUUUGGUGUGCCCAUGGACCUGCUGACACGCGCCCUGGAGAAGACACCUAGACCUAUUACUCUGCCGUACCUCCUGGCCCAAGGCGGGCGGCCCGGCGAGCCAGCGACGCCCGAUGUGAUUCUGCGCUCGGCCAAGUACACACAGCAGGAGCUGCCUGUGCGUCUUGCGCGGCGAGUGCGGCAAUUUUACUCACUGCCCUUUAUUGUGGGGACAAACCCUUAUAUCCAAGAAGUGGCGCGGCUGUAUGCCUGGUCGUUCGCGCAACUCAGUCAGGUAAAGCCGAUCGAGACACUGGACGACAAUGAUCGGUUUGUGGAAGAGCUUCAGAAGCUUGUGAAUGAUCACUCGGAGGUGGUUCCCACGCUCUCGCGUGGUUUUCUGGAGUGUGGCGAGUACAUGGACUCGGAGAAGGUCUCAAAUUUCUUGAAUGCUGCGCUGCACAGCCGUAUUGGCGUCCGUAUCAUUGCCGAGCAGCAUCUAGCGCUCACAGCGACGGCUAAGAGUGCAGGGAGCAAUGACAACUCAACUGCAUUUCGCCUGACGCCGACAUCCGUGGGCAUUGUCGAUACAGCGAUGGCGCCCGCGGACGUGAUCCGGCAGAGCAGCGAGUAUGUGCGCGCGCUGUGUGAGUCAGCCUUUGAGAUGGCACCAGAGGUCGUGCUGGAGGGCCAAGUGGAUGCGCGGACGAUGGGUAUUCCAGUGCACCUGGACUAUGUGAUGACAGAGCUGCUCAAGAACGCGUUCCGCGCCACGACCGAGAGGUUUCUUGCACACCGCCGCGCCGGCACAGGUCCCCCUGGAAUCCCGCCAAUUACAGUGACCUUGGCAAGCACACCGAGCCAUGUGAGUGUGCGGAUCCGUGACGCGGGCGGCGGCAUUCCACCUGAGAGCAUGGCCCGUAUCUUUGACUACGCGUAUACCACGGCAAAAGCAGGCGGCGACACGGCGAACUGGGCGGGAGGCGAAGACCCUAUGGACGUGGCCGCCGGCGCAAUGCAGAGCAGCAUGGGCACACUGGCCGGCCUAGGGUAUGGUCUGCCGCUAUCGCGUCUCUACUUGGGCUACUUCGGGAAGAGCAGCCUGGACAUUCCAUACUGA